ACAGACACACACACACACACACGCACACACACUCACACACACAUACGACCCCCCCAGAACCGAAUAAAUGAGUCACAACCACAACUCCCACAUCAAUAACAGUUGAGUCAAGAUGGCGGCCGAGGGCGAGUACGAGUCGAUCCUGUGCAUGAAACCCGAUGUCAACGUUUAUCGCAUCCCACCGCGAGCUUCUAACCGCGCAUACAGGGCAGCGGACUGGAAGCUGGAUACUCCAGACUGGUCUGGUCGAAUGAGGGUCACCGCCAAGGGCCAAGUGGCAUACAUCAAACUGGAGGACAAGACCUCAGGGGAGCUGUUUGCCCAGGCACCACUGAGGGAGUAUCCCGGUGCUGCACUGGAAACGGUCAGCGACUCCAGCCGGUACUUUGUCCUGCGGAUACAGGAUGACAACGGUCGCAGUGCUUUCAUAGGAGUUGGCUUCGGGGACCGAGGGGACGCGUUUGAUUUCAACGUGGCUUUGCAGGACCAUUUCAAAUGGGUGAAACAGGACACUGAAUUCAGUAAAAGCGCCCAGCUCGGGGAUUCAGGACCAAAACUGGACUUGGGCUUUAAAGAGGGACAAACCAUCACACUCAACAUAGGGCAAGGUAAAAAGAGGGAUAAGCCCCGCCCACAAGGCUCAGGUGGGUUUGGACUGCUCCCACCACCACCUGGAGGAAAGAUAGCCCCUCCUCCUUCUUCAGUCUCGUCCAAUCACAACAUAGAAACAGACUGCCUGUUGGAGCUGGACAGUAGUAACUCUAACACCGUGGUUCAGUCAAACGCUAGUUCAGAUCUUUGGGGAGACUUCUCCGCUCCGGCAAGCUCCGUUCCACAACAAUCCCAACCACAGGACUCCGGAAACUGGAUCCAGUUUUGAGUCGUCGCCGGCUGUCCCGUCACUUGUGAUUCCCCCAUCUCACCUGCAUCUGUGUCUGUAGCUUCCUGUGCAUCCCACUGAGAGUAACUCCCGCACACUGAUCCCAAAGCAGAGACGUGAAACUUCACAGAGCUGUAAAAGCAACUCGCGACAUCCUUUCAUUCAGGAAGAAUCAGAGUCUUUUCAAAUUUUCUUGACAGGGAAUGAAGCACUAAUCUGUUUAAAGCCAUUCAAUGAUAUGAGCCAUUUCCAAAAAUAUUUAAGGGCUAUGUGUGACGUCCUGUCUUGUCUGUGUCACCUCCCAGGCCGAUGGCUGUCUGAGCAGUGCUUUAUCUUGUGAUCAGGAAUGUUUUUCCCAGUGCAGCGGCUCCCUCUGCAGGCUCUGCAGAGUGCUGCACCUCAGCAACCGGCUGUGAGUACUGAGCUGCAGAGCUCCGCUUAAAGGUGCUCUGGGCGAUGUUGGCUGACGUUACUCGUUGACGUUCAAAGUAUUUUCAAACAAAGCAAGGCUUGCUUGCUCGCCCCUCCCGCCUCCUCAUCUCGCCCCUCUUCCUCACUCCCGUGCUUCCACGAACUAACCCCCCCCCCCCCCCCCCCCCCCAAACCACCACCCCCAAUCCUUCUUGUCUGUUAUUGGCUGGAAUGCUGGGAGACUUUGUUCGGUGGAGCAGGUUGACACAGUUUGUUUUUGUUGGUGUUUGUGGAGCCUGGGCUGUCUAUGGAGAACAUGUGUUUUUUUUUUUUGUUUUUUUUUUACAGUGUGUUCUGGGGACAGGCAGCUCGCCGAUAGUGAGAUAUUUUCUGUAUGUGACAAAAAAUGUUGUAGCCUAAAACACGUGACAUCGCUUAGAGCACCUUUUUUUUAAGCGAAGGCUACUUUUAACUGUAAGACAGUUUUCUUUUCUAAUGAAACUGUGAUUUCAUCCUUUUUUUUUUUUCUUGAAAUUAUUUAGAAAUGACAGGAUCAGUCUGUCUAACUUAUUUAAAAUAAGUGUUAAGUCCUGAAAGAACAGUUGAAGACACAUAAUACUUGGAUGUUUAGACCAAUCAGGGGAUUAAAGGACUCGUCCCCAUCCCCCCACUGAUUCAGGGAGCGGUGCUGCCUCGCCCACGCGUCCGAAAAUGUAUGUAUUUAAUACGACUGUCUAUCUAAAGCGUGGUUUCAUUCUAUAGUAAUGCAAGUGGAUUUAAGGGUGCAACUUUGAAAUGUUCAGAUUAGUUUUGCUUUAUGGGAUAUGAAAGGGAAAUUGGUCCAAGCAGAGGGUUGCCUCUGCAUUCAUUUGAAAUCGUGACAGAGUUCCUCAGUUGUUUUUCAGCCAAGGACCCACGAUUCAGGAUAGAUAACAUAGCAGGGACCCCCUCAUGUAUGUCCCUUUUGAAAUAAUUUGACGUAGCCUAUUUUUUUAUACUUCUAUAUCCUUUGUUAUGUGAAAUAACAACACAAGAGGCAUGUAUUAGAAAGCUAUUUGACAUGUGUUAAAGAUUAUUUGCGCCAUUUCAACACAGAAUACCCACCGAUGGACAUUAAUUCAAUUAGCUGCAAGUAACACUGUACCUCAACAAAAUAUCAAAGGCAAAGAGAAAAGGGCAAACUUAAGAACACAAAGACACACACACACACACACACAUCAAAAAAGAAGUAUUUCACACUUCAUGCACACAUAGAUUUAAAUGAAACUUUGGAUUAUGGUUAUAAAAUAAUAUACAGUUUGUUAGAUUAGAACAUGAUCUGUGAACUAUUUCAGAUUUAAAAAUUAAAAUAGUAUUUGUUUAACUGGGAAGCCUUUUGUAAAACAAAAACAAAACAAAAAAAGAUUAAAUUUUCCAAUCCGGUAACACUUUACUUGAAGGUAUCUACAUAAGUGUCAUGACACUGUCAUAACACAUGAACCCUAACCAGAACUUGCCAUGACAAAACCAAAUGACACUUCCUAAAACAAGUGUUUUGUAAAAUGUUUAUGACUUGUUAAUAAUUUUUUAAGACUCGUUCAUUACAGUGUCAUGUCACUCUCAUGUAGAUACCUUCAAGUAAAGUGUAAGCCAUGAUUAUUUCCAUGAAUGAAUCUGAAAACCUUUCCCUUUGACCGGUAUUCAUGGCCGCAGACUCCAGGAAUUAUCCAUUGCACAGUAUUUAGUGUGUUCAUAGAAUCACAGAGCUCACUUACAGUGAGAUGACAUACUGUAGGUGUAGAAAAACCAUUCCUGUCUGCCGUAUUAAAUCUAUAAAUUUAUGUUUACAAUGUGAAAUAACAUCUGUGUUUACUACUGGGUGGCUUAUUUUAUUUGUAACACUGAAAUCAGUAGCCAGAUCCAGACAUAUAUUCAUUUGUGUCAAUUAUUUACAGUUUACAUACUUUUGCUGCAUUUAUUUUAAUAAAUACAUAAGCCAAGAAUGGAACAUAUCUGGCGAUGGGUGUUCGUCUACUGGCAGCAAAUGAAAACUACUUAAAUACUUAGAGGCUUUCUUGCUUUUUUUUUUCUCACCUCAUCCCAAUUAACAUGGCUAUUUACAAAAUCCAGAUGAAUUGAAUAAACGAGGUAAAACGGGAGUGGGAAUGUCAGACUAGUUAUCAGAAAGUUAUUUGGCCUCGAACUAUGUUCAUUUCCUUAAGGCCCAAUACUACCAAUAGAACAUGCAUAUCGUAACAUAUAGUAAACUGUUAAUGUCCACCAGAUUUACAUUUAACUGCCCCUCCCAGAUGAAAUGCUCCUUUUCUCUAACAACCGCUCCUCUGUUUAAAUGAAAACCUGUUUUGAGCGUUACAGUGGAAGUGGAGUGUGAUCGCUACAGAAAUGCACAUGCAGUCUGUGUAUUUGCUUUUCAUGUUUGUGAAAUGACAGUGAGGCUUUUGUAAUGGCAACUAGUUAUAGGGAGCUGUAGUUGAAACAGAAGAAACUGCCAUGUUCAUUCCUUCAGUGCUGAAUGUGAAAUAGAAGUAAGAAUAUAUCUUUAUAAACAGAACAGGAAGUAAAAAUAUUGUAAGUAAUUUGACAUUAGGGUUGGGCAUCGUUUGGAUUUUAACAAUUCUGAUUCUUCCUUUUGAUUCUGAUUAUUUGAGGUUGGAGUUGAUACGAGUCACAUGCUUAUUUGGCAAAUAAGAGUAAAAGUUUUUUUUGUACAGGGCUUCUUCAAUAUGAAAUAAAGCCACACUGGAGCGCUGCUUACUGUGCUCCAUUGGCUGCAACACAAGCCCCUGGCUGCUACGGCAACCAUAACUUAACACAUGUUAAAGAUGGAACCAAUGAUCGGAUUUGAAAUUAAAUCAUCCAAACGAUUCCAAUAAAGAAUCAUGUUUUUUUUUGUUUUUUUAAACAAUCCCAAGCAUGAAUCGGUUCUCGAUGCCCAAUCCUAUUUAACAUUUUGGGAAAUGCUCUUAAUCGCUUUCUUGCUGAAAGUUCAAUGAAAUGAUCGAUAUCACUCUCAUGUCUGUGCAUUUAAUAUGAAGCUGAAGCCAGCUGGGUAACGUAGCUGAUAGCUUAGCAUGAAGACUGGAAAUGGGGAGGGGUGGAGGGGGGAGAGUUAGCAUGGCUCUGUUCAAAAGGAACAAAAAAAGUCUCACUAAUUAAAAUGUAUCUGGUUUGUUUAUGUUUUCCAACUAUUCCUUUUAUUUUAUUUUCUAUUUAAUACUGAGUGACUUCACCUGAAGGACCUGAUGCAGUUAUGCCCCAUUUCACACUGUAAAGUCAAAUUAACAACGUUCUUUUUCUGAACACACGUCCACUGUUGGAGGUUUGAACACACCAGUCUCAGGACUGGUGGCGGGGAAAACAAAAUGAAUGUCUUGCUUCAUGUGAUGAAUGUCUUAAUGGCAGCAAAUGAUAUGUUAAUUUGUGCUGAACAGGCUUAUGGUUGAAUGUGAAUUCAGACAGUGUUUACAGGACUUUGACAUAUGAAUUGUCAAACACUUCUCGACUAUGAAAUUAUUUUGUUAUAUUAAUAUAAAUGUUAGUUUGUUGUGAUUAAAUCGCAUGAACUGAAAUUAAAUUAGCAUUAAGAUACGGGGCUGAUUGAGAUGGUAUGUUGUGUUUGCAUUGCUUGUAUUGCUGGCUGAAAUAUAACAAAAAAACGUCUCCCAUUUCUCACUCAUUCCCCUCUGGCUGUAAAAUCACUGGACUAACAUGUUUCAUUCAUGACCAAUUUAUUGAAAGAGGCAAUAAAUCCUUUCAAAGGA